AUGGGUGUGGGGGCCAUUGUGUUCUCAGCCCUAGCUGAUAUGUAUGGGCGCAAGUUCUCCGCUGUCACGGCCGGUAUCAUAUCCUUAGCAGUUGGCGUUGGCAUGUCUUUUGUUCCUCAAUAUGCUGCCUUCGCUGCCAUGAAGAUGCUGCAAGCAGCAGCACUGAUGGGUCUCAGUAUUACAGCGACAUCCCUCAGUCUGGAGCUUGUCCCAACUAAACAGAGGUCUACCAUCUCUGUAGUAUGCAAUGGGGUCUGGUCGGUCUCCAUAGUGCUGUAUGCUGUAUUUGCCUACCUCACCAGGGACGUAAGCUGGAGGAUUCAUCAGUUAGCAGUGGGACUCUCGGCCUCUUACUUUGUAUUUCUACCCUGGAUAUUGGACGAAAGCAACAGGUGGCUAGCAGCAAAAAGGAAAUACCAUCUCAUCGAGCGCAAUUUGAAGAAGGCUUGCCGCAUUAACCGUGUGGAUGAGAAUGUUAUCAUAGCUCUCUUCAGAGAGAAAGUGAUGCCGCACAAUGUACAGGAACAUCACUCACUCCUUGAUAAAGACUCCAACCGUGGUCUUGACAAGUCUGCAAACAACGGAAACAUUCAAUGUGAAAGAACGGAAGAGAAGCUAAUUCUGCAGAUCUUCAAGGAUAGACAGCUACUUCUGGUGUCCGCGAUCACGUGGUUUAUGUGGUUAACUGACAGCCUCACUUACUAUGGACUUUAUCUCAACUCCACAACCUUCCACAGUGACAAAUACAUCGGUUUCGGCUUGAACUGCAUCACGGAUGUUUUAAGCGUAAUCGCGUUUUGGCUCACAGUUGACCGAUUUGGAAGGAAGCGGACAUGCCAGGCCUUUCAUCUAAUAGCAGGCUUAUCGUUGAUAGCCUCAGUGCUGUUUGACAACUUGAAAGGUGCAGUGCCUUCCUUCACUGUAGCGGUGACAACAUUUUCUUUGAUAGGAAAAUUUGCAAUAGCGACUUCAUAUAACAUCAUAUGGUUGUAUACCCCUGAAAUCUUCCCAACAAACAUAAGAAAUGUUGGAAUUGGUCUGGCAUCAAUGUCUGCGAGGAUUGGUGGACUGUUUGCCCCAUUUACACGGACUGUGUACCGCUACCUGCCGUGGGUCCCUGGCUCUGUGUUCGGCACGUUCUGUGUCGUGGUGACUCUCCUGGUUCGCUUCCUACCAGAAACUAACAACCAGGAACUGCCACAGACAAUCGAGGAGAUGAAACAGUGGAUCAGGAAACAAAGAGAAACUCCACGGAAAAACAACAUACCCGAAAACGACACUUGAAAGUAAUAGAAACUGGUAAUUUUAGAC